AUGGCUCUCUCCACGUCAAGUGCCGGCAGCAAUUUGGAAACUUUUUCCAACCUGGAGAAAUUGCCAGAUCAAACAGAAGACAUCGAUGCCGCGGACACUUCGACAGAAGAGGAGUCCCCUAGGACCCAAACAACAUGGCACAUGGCCGACGAACUGCAAGCCUUGAAAGAGCGAGACCAGCAGAAUGGCGAGAAAGCUCGGAAACUUGGAGUCACUUGGCAGAACCUCACUGUCAAAGGUGUCAGCAGCGACGCUACAUUCAACGAGAAUGUCCUCUCACAAUUCAACCUCUUCGGAAAUCGCGGUAGCAAAUCUCCCAUGAAAACAAUACUCGACAACUCUUAUGGCUGUGUUAAGCCCGGAGAGAUGCUGCUCGUCCUCGGCCGCCCCGGAUCAGGGUGCACAACAUUGCUCAAUGUGCUCUCGAACAACCGUCAUGGUUAUGCAGAUGUUAACGGUGACGUUGCCUUUGGAACCAUGUCUGCUGAGGAAGCCAAGCAAUAUCGUGGUCAGAUUAUCAUGAACUCGGAAGAGGAAAUCUUCUUCCCGACAUUGACUGUCGGCGAGACCAUCGAUUUUGCUGCCCGUAUGAAGGUCCCAUCCCAACUACCGCCAGGGAUCAAGUCGGCGGAGGAGUACGCUGAACUCAAUAAGGAAUUCCUUUUACGGUCAGUGGGUAUCUCACACACUGAAUCUACCAAAGUGGGAGACGCAUUCACCCGAGGAGUCUCUGGAGGAGAGAGGAAACGCGUUUCCAUCCUUGAGUGCUUGACAACUCGAGCAAGCAUCUUCUGCUGGGACAACCCCACACGAGGUCUCGAUGCUAGCACAGCUCUAGAGUGGACUAAGGCAAUGAGAACGAUGACUGACGUCUUUGGACUCACCACUAUCGUCACCCUGUACCAGGCAGGAAACGGCAUCUACGAUAAUUUUGACAAGGUCCUCGUCCUUGAUGAGGGAAAGCAGAUCUUCUAUGGUCCACAACGGAAUGCAGUGCCUUUCAUGGAAAACCUUGGCUUCAGGCGAGACUCUGGUUCUAACCGGGCAGAUUUCCUGACUGGCGUGACCGUUCCAACCGAGCGCAUCAUUGCACCAGGCUAUGAAAACAAAUUCCCCGGGACUUCUGAAGCAAUUCGUGCUGCCUACGAAUCAUCCUCUUCCAAAUCUGAAAUGCAGGCCGAAUGCUCCUAUCCACAAAGCAAAGAGGCUGCGGAGAACACGGCUAUUUUCAAGGAGAUGGUGGCUCGGGAAAAGCAUAAGGGAGUUCGCGAGAAGUCGCCUGUCACCACAGACUUCCUUUCUCAGGUCAAAGCCUCGGUCACUCGGCAAUACCAAAUCAUGUGGGGCGAUAAAGCAACGCUCGCCAUGAAGCAAGGCGCUACAGUCAUCCAAGCUCUGCUAGGCGGAUCGCUUUUCUACAAUGCCCCGGAUAACUCCGUUGGUCUGUUUCUCAAGGGUGGUGCUCUGUUCUUCUCCAUCCUGUAUAACGCCCUCAUUGCCCUCUCGGAGGUCACCGACUCGUUUACUGGCAGACCUAUUCUAGCCAAGCAUCGUUCAUUUGCUCUGUAUCAUCCGGCAGCCAUCUGUAUUUCUCAGAUCGUCGCAGACUUUCCCAUCCUACUGUUCCAAGUGUCGCACUUCGGCCUCGUUCUCUAUUUUAUGGUUGGGUUGAACCGCACUGCCGAAGCCUUUUUCACCUACUGGAUCACCAAUUUCAUGACGGCCAUGUCCAUGACGGCCCUCUUUCGACUAAUUGGCGCCGCUUUCCCCACAUUUGACGCCGCAACCAAAGUCUCCGGUCUGACAAUUGUUGCAUGUUUCGUCUACACGGGUUAUAUGAUUAUCAAGCCCGAGAUGCAUCCAUGGUUUGGAUGGCUCUUUUGGAUCAACCCUAUGGCGUAUGGGUUCGAAGCUCUUCUGGGUAACGAGUUUCAUUCGUCAAUCAUUCCCUGCGUUGGACCAAACCUCAUACCAAACGGCCCUGGUUAUACCGAUGGGGAAGGCGGCCAAUCAUGUGCUGGUGUUGGCGGCGCUUUACCUGGUGCAACAACUGUCACCGGGCGUGAGUAUCUCGCAUCCAUGUCGUUCAGCCAUAGCCAUGUCUGGCGCAACUUCGGCAUCAUCUGCGCGUGGUGGGUGCUAUUCGUUGCUCUUACCAUCUUCUUCACAUCCCGGUGGAAAUUACCCGGGGAGGGUGCUCGCAGCCUACUCGUUCCCCGGGAGCAGCAAUAUAAGUCGAAGCAUCUGCUUCUCGGCGAUGAGGAAUCACAGGUGUCCACAAAGACUCUGCCAGACUCUGGAGCAACCACUCCACGAGAGACCCUCGGAAAGGAACUCAACGACAACCGAAGCAUCUUCACCUGGAAGAAUCUUACCUAUACUGUCAAAACAUCUUCCGGAGAUCGAGUUCUCCUUGACAAUGUGCAAGGAUACGUGAAGCCAGGAAUGCUCGGUGCGCUUAUGGGCUCUUCUGGUGCUGGCAAGACCACUCUGCUGGACGUUCUUGCCCAGCGCAAGACUGACGGAACUAUCCACGGAUCGGUGUUGGUUGACGGUCGACCCAUUCCAAUUUCUUUUCAACGCUCCGCUGGGUAUGUCGAACAGUUAGACGUGCACGAGUCUUUGGCAACCGUGCGCGAGGCUCUCGAGUUCUCCGCUCUUCUACGCCAGCCCCGCGACACACCUACUGAUGAGAAAUUACGCUAUGUGGACACAAUAAUCGACCUCCUCGAGCUGCGGGACCUCGAGUUCACGCUUGUUGGUCGUCCGGGUGCUGGUUUGUCCGUUGAGCAGCGCAAGCGUCUUACUAUUGCGGUCGAGCUAGUCGCAAAGCCUAGCAUUCUCAUCUUCCUAGAUGAACCUACGUCUGGCCUGGACGGCCAGGCCGCAUUCAAUAUCGUCCGCUUUCUACGGAAACUUGCCGAGGCCGGACAAUCCGUUUUGGUUACCAUCCACCAGCCGUCGGCCCAACUUUUCGCGCAAUUCAAUACACUCCUCUUGCUCGCCAAGGGUGGGAAAACGGUUUACUUUGGCGAUAUCGGAGAUAACGCGAGCACUGUCAAGGCCUAUUUUGCCCGGCAUGGAGCACCCUGUCCGCCGGAAGCCAACCCAGCUGAGCAUAUGAUUGACGUGGUAUCGGGUGCGGCCUCUGAAAGUGUCGACUGGAACAAAGUUUGGCUGGAGUCGCCGGAGCACGACCAGCUCACCACUGAGCUAGAUGCCAUGGCUACGGAAGCGGCUGCUAGACCGUCAGGAACUGUUGAUGACGGACACGAGUUUGCAGCUUCGAUCUGGACUCAGGUCAAGCUCGUAACACACCGCAUGAACGUUUCACUGUUCCGAAACACAGAAUACAUCGACAAUAAAUUCGCCCUACAUAUAAGCCUAGCGCUACUCAAUGGCUUCUCAUUCUGGAUGAUUGGGGAUCGCCUCACAGAUCUACAGAAAAAUCUGUUCACUGUCUUCAAUUUCAUUUUCGUGGCGCCCGGAGUGAUCUCCCAACUGCAGCCUCUUUUCAUCGACCGCCGCGAUAUCUACGAGACGCGUGAGAAGAAAAGCAAGAUGUAUCACUGGGCUCCCUUCGUUGCGGGUCUUAUCAUCUCGGAGAUACCGUACCUCAUCGUCUGCGCCUUGCUCUAUUAUGUUUGUUGGUAUUUUACUUGCGGACUACCUACCGCGCCCGGAAAUGCCGGCAGUGUCUUCUUUGUUGUAAUGUACGAGUGCCUUUACACGGGUAUCGGUCAGAUGAUUGCCGCCUACGCUCCUAAUGCGGUCUUCGCGUCGCUUGUCAACCCGCUCGUUAUCACGACCCUUGUCUCAUUUUGUGGUGUCAUGGUGCCAUACAGCCAGAUUGAACCGUUUUGGAAAUAUUGGAUGUACUAUAUCGACCCUUUCAACUAUCUCAUGAGCUCCCUACUUGUCUUUACCACAUGGUCCAAGCCCGUCACUUGUACUCCUGAUGAGAUCGCCUUGUUCGACCCACCAGUCAAUCAAACCUGUGGUGAAUACCUUGCUACCUACCAGCAAGGCAUGGGGGUAGGAACAAAUCUGCUCAACCCGAGCGCGAAUGCCGAUUGCCGCGUUUGCCAGUAUACCACCGGUGGAGACUACCUCAAGACUUUGAACCUCGCAGAGGAGUACUUUGGGUGGAGAAAUGCCGGCCUUGUUGUUGUUUUUGUACUUGGUAUCUACGGAUUGGUGUUCUUGAUGAUGAAGUUGAGAACGAAGGCUACCAAGAAGGCCGAGAACUGA